UUAAUAAGUAAUAAUUUAAUAUCUGCUGGCAAAUGGCAAUAGCUCUUAGAUAUUCCUUACAGUUACAUACUUUUUAGUUUUUGUGUUGUUAAGUGAUAAUUCAAAUUAGAAAUACAAGCUGUGUAUUGUUUUUUUUAGUGAAUUUUGUACCUUUAGGGUUUCAUAUUGUUUUUUAUUUGUAUACGUAUUGAAUUUCCUCGUUUAUGACUGUGAUCGAGUAAUUUUAUUCUUGCUUUCCUUUUAAGUGUUUACCAUUGAAUAAUACGAGAACAGUACAGAAUGAAAAAGUUUGAGUUUUCGUCUAGAAAUAAUGAAGUAAGUGAAGUAUUUUCCGGUCGAAUAUUUUACAAUGUUUACAAAGAUGCCGAGUUCCUGCGUCACAGUGAAAAUGUAGAGACGAUAUUGGCGAAGGGAUAUGAAUUAAGGAAUAUGUUGAAGCAGGUCAAGCCAGGAGAAAUAGUUGCUCUAAAUGGAAUGAUGCUUGAACGGAACACUCCAUUGCUCGUAAAAAAAACAGGCCCAAAUAUUGUGGUUGAGAACUAUGAGUUUACUGCAAAUCGUCUUAGUGGCUUGGUAGCAGCUUAUGCAUUUGAGUACAGACAUAGAUUUCCAAAUCUGACAUCAACUGAAGCCCAAUUAUUGGGAUUAACUUGGGACAAUGGAAACAUGCAAAAAUGUAGACUGUAUUUAUCAGCUGUAAGCGGCACAGAACACUUUUAUGAUCAAUUCCAAUUUUGGCCUCUCGUGUGUGCUCUGCGUAAACUCCACAAAAACAAAAUCACAAAGGAACCCAUAAUUAAAAUGGCUAAAAUAAAAAAUCCAAGUGGCAUAAGAAUGGUUCAAGAUAUGAUGGACAACUUUUCUGAGGUUCAGAAGCAAUGGAUGGCGUUUCCAUCAGGGUCAGUACAGGAUUUAGUAAAAUUACUGGAAUUAAGUCCUCCAGAGUUGAAAGUUUUGUUUUCCAAGAACUCUUGAAAAUGUAAGGCUUGUAUGCCAUUAUUUUUUAAACUUUACGACUCUCCUUUCAAUUGAUACUCUACUUGAUGGAAAGGAUUUUAUAUUUGUGACAGUUAUAAUAUAUUGUAAUCAGUUUUCAAUUAUAUUCUUAUUCUACAAACUUUGUCAUUAGUAUUACACAUAGUUUGUUGAACUUCUUAUCAUUAAAAAUAAUUCAUUUGUUUA